CGGUUUGUUUCCAAUUGGAGGUCCAACACCAGGUAAAACACACAUUAAUGGACAAUAAACGACGGCAAAUUCCGCAUUUACCCGGCGAGGACAGACUGUAGCAUUGUUUACUUUUUUUUUUUUUUACUUCGCUUCGGACCUAAUUAUAUUAUAUUCUAUAUUUUGGGGGCUUUUUAUCUCACCCAAGUUGCGUCCGUUAACUUCCUCCGCCUCAGUAUUGUCCUCGCCGUUAUCAGCAUGGAGGCCGGAGAUAAACUAAAAGAACUGAACAUGACAGUGGAUGAAAUCGACAGGCUCACAAAUGCUUUCAAAGACGAGAAAUUCCGGGAAAUGCUGCUCGACUACACCCGAGAAUUAUCCGACCCCGAAAAUAAGAAAAGGUACGAGGAGGAGAUCAAAAUGUUGGAGCAGGAAAGAGGAAACACCGUCGAGUUUAUCCACCCGGAACCAUUCAGGGCCCUCAGGACGAGCGUGAACGGCAAGCAGAAGUGUUUCAUCAAUAUCUGUGCCAAUGAAAAAGUUGGAAAGCCUGCCAGUGCAUGGGGGGUGUCAGAGGAAGGCCGCAGAGGGCAGCGCUGGUCUCUGCCUCACAGUCUGCACCCAGGGAGGCAAGACAUAGACCCAAAGGGGAACAAGAUCCUGAUCUAUGAUGUUAUUUUCCACCCUGACACUCUCCACAUUGCAAGCAAAAACACCAGAUUCAUGGAUAUGGUGGACAGCACAGCCAUUCAGGGAAUCCAGGAUGCUUUUAACGUGACUCUGGAUAAGAAUAAUGUGAGAGAGAUGAGCACAAAAUACAAAGGCACCCCGCAGCCUUGUGUCAUCCGAAGACCCAUACCCGGGUAUAAAGCCAAGGGGGUCUCAGAGAAGCCUGACCCUCUUUCAUUCCCGUACCCAGAAGACCAACGACCUGCCUCCUCCUCACAAACCAAGCCUACAGAAUCACCUGCGACAAAAAACAGCAGUGAUGCUGCACCUAAGAUCCAGCCUCUGGAAACCAAAGAGCCAACCAAGCCAAACUACACAGUCAAAUAUCGAUCUUUUAUUGAUCUGCAGGACUUUAGGUGUUCUAGAGACUCUGCCCAAAGCCCCAGGCCCAAAGAGAUAGUGGUUACCAUCGACAUGCCGCUUCUGAAGGCGGUCACGGAUGCCAGCCUCGAGGUAAAGGAGAGAACACUGCUGCUGGAGUCCAAGAAACCAAACUACAGACUGGAGCUGCCCUUAGCCUACGCUGUGGAUGAAGAGAAAGGAGAGGCCAAGUUCAACAAACAGAGAGGACAGCUUACUGUCACACUGCCUGUUCUUCCUUCCAAUGAAGCUUUGGAUUUUGCUGUUAGUGCUGACGAGGGGCAGGAGGGCAAAAGUGAGGUGGAGGAGGAGGAGGAGGAGGAUGCGUCGAAGGAGAUGGAGAGGGAAUACCUGAAAAGUGAAGAGGAGGAGGAAAGAGACAUUGAAGAGGAGCAGUGGACAGUAGUAGCGAAAGGUGAGGAAGAGGAAGAAAAAGGUUGGGACAAAGGGGAGGAGGAGGUGAGGGAAGAAGAAAAUAGCAAAGAUGAGGAAAUUAGUGUGGAGGAAGAAGCAAAAUGGAAGGAACUGGUGGGAAGAGGCCAAGAAAGUGUGGAAGAGGAGAAAGUGACAGGGCAGAAGCAGGAAAACGAGGAAGAAGCUGGAAACAGAAACCUACAGAAAAGGCAGCAACAUGAAGACACAGGAAGAAGCAAACAUAACAAAAUAAGGGAAGAUGGAUGUGACGGUGCAGAGGAGACAAGAGGUGUAAUAAGUUGGGAUACUGUUGAGCGACGUAUGGACGUUCCUGCCGAAGAAGAAGAAAACUCCUGUGUGGCUUCGCCUGAAACAGAAAACCAGCCUGUUUUCAUCACCGCUGAACGUCCAGGUUGCAUAACAGAAGAAGGAGACGUAAAUCUGAACUCUAGUUUUGAGUCGACACCCAAAAUGAAGACUUCAGACGUCAAAGAGGAGACUGAAGAGGUGAAGGAGACUCUUAAUGAAAGCCUGAAGGUGGAAACAGAAGCUGAAUGUCUACAUCACAGAUCCGGCGGGGCUGCGUCUCCCGUACCAGCUGACACUCAAAACCAGAGCAACAUGACGGACUGCUGUAUCUCCCAGGGGACUGAGGAGUGCAGCAAGAUGGCCGUCACACAUGACGCGAACAAGUCAAGCAGAGGAGGUCCAGGCAACGGGGUCACCCUCUCCUCUGAGGAACGUGCCACGGGGGCAGUAAAGCGGGAGGAGAGGGAGAGAAUCUUCCAAGCCCCAGAGCACGACGACAACAGGCCACCGUCUGGGCUGCUGAGGGAAAUCGAUAAAGAUGGAAAUGAAAAGGUCAUCAGCGAUCAUUCCACAUCCGCUGGGUUCAUCUUCCAAAACUCCCUGAUGUAUGAGCUGGACUGAGGGCUGUGUGCAAAGGGUUCAGAAAGGGUUGGAUUUAUGUUUUUGUAUUAUAGCACCAUUGAAUGCAACUUGGAUCAGUUACAACGUCUGCAGUAUUAAUAAUAUUAAAAGGUCCACUGUGUAA